AUGGGGCUGCCCGACGCCUCGGCCUCCACCGCCUCGGCCUCCACCGCCUCGGCCUCCACCGCCUCGGCCUCCACCGCCUCGGCCUCCACCGAUCCCCUCACCAACAGCAGCCUGUUCUCUCUGCAGGGACCCCUGCCAGCCACACCACCCCCAACCGGGGGGGACUUGAGAGCCGGAGCCCCCUGGGGGCCCGCAGCCAGACAGCCCCAAGCAGGCUCGCCCAGGAGGCUGAAGGCAGCCCUCGCGAGAUGCCGGGCCAGCUGGCGGCCUGUCUGCUUUCUGGUCCUGCUCUUCCUGGGGUCCACUCUCUUCCACUGCCUCCAGCGCCUGGCUCAGGUGCCAGGCCCCUGGGCCUCGCCGGCCCGCGUGGCGCUCGCCCCCAGACACCUGCCUCGGGAGGGCAUGCUCACCAUCAACUCCAAAGGACGGCUGGGGAACCAGAUGGGCCAGUACGCCACGCUGUUCGCGCUGGCCAAGAUGAACGGGCGGCCGGCCUUCAUCCCCGCGCAGAUGCACAGCUGGCUGGCGCCCAUCUUCAGGAUCAGCCUGCCGGUGCUGCACCACAGCACGGCCCGCAGCGUCCCCUGGCGGAACUACCCCCUCAACGACUGGAUGGAGGAGCGGUACCGCCACAUCCCGGGGAAAUACGUGCGCCUCACCGGCUACCCCUGCUCCUGGACCUUCUACCACCACCUCCGCGACGAGAUCCUGCGCGAAUUCACCCUGCACGCCCACGUGCGCGAGGAGGCGCAGAAGGUCCUGCGGGGCCUGCAGGUGAACGGCAGCCGGCCCGGCACCUUCGUGGGAGUCCACGUGCGCCGUGGCGACUACGUGCGCGUCAUGCCCAGUGUGUGGAAGGGCGUGGUGGCCGAUCGGGGCUACCUGCGGCGGGCCCUCGGCUGGUUCCGGGCCCGCUACCGCUCCCCGGUCUUUGUGGUCACCAGCGACGACAUGGCCUGGUGCCGCCAGAAUAUCGACCGCUCCCUCGGGGACGUGGUGCUCGCGGGCAGCGGCCGGCAGCGCUCGCCCGCCAGGGACUUCGCGCUGCUGGCGCAGUGUAACCACAGCGUCAUCACGGUGGGCACCUUCGGCAUCUGGGCCGCCUACCUGGCGGGCGGGCGCACCGUCUACCUGGCCAAUUUCACCCGGCCCCACUCUCCCUUCCAUUUUGUCUUCAGGCCCGAAGCGGCCUUCCUGCCAGAGUGGGUGGGCAUCCCUGCGGACCUAGGCCGCGCAGGAGAUGGGGUCCUCUAG